AGAAUCCAAUAACACUACUUCUCAAGAAAGUAUAUUUAAUUAUAUACUAAGAUCACAUAACCAGUUCUUCUUUUGUUCUUUUCUUUCCUAAAAAGUUCUCAACAAUACUAUGACAUCCAAAGAUUUGCAUUAUAUAAUAAUGUACUCUAAAAACUGUUCAUGAUCAACCACAAUUCCAUUCACUUGAAAAAACAAAAAAAAAUGCAGCAUUCUAGGCCAGAGUUACCAGUUAAUCGUCGCGAUCAAGAUCGCCCUGUAAGGCGACACCAUAGUGCUAGCUACUAUGCCCACUGGGUUAAAGAAAGUUUAACCACAAGAGUGUCAAAGCUCAUAUGUGCUAUAUUCUUAGGCCUUCUUGCAAUUGUUGGACUCAUCACAUUCAUUUUAUGGCUAAGUCUUCGUCCCCAUCGUCCACAUAUUUUCCUCAAUGACUUCUCUAUUCCUGCUUUAGGCCACGGAGAUGGUGGUGGUGGACCUGAAAAUGCACACAUAAGCUUCAGAGUUACAGCAAGGAAUUCAAAUCAAGGUAUUGGAAUCUACUAUGAUGCAAGUCAAGUGACGGUGUAUUAUCGAGAAAAGAGCGUUGGAGGGUACCAAGUGUCGACAACAUUCUAUCAACAGCCUAAGAAUAGCACCCUGUUUGCUAGUACGCUUAGUGGUUCAUCAUUGACAUUGACAGAGUCACAGUGGAAGCAAAUGCUGCAUGAUCGGUCGAGGGGGGCAGUGAUUUUUCGUGUUGAAUUAGUUUCGACUAUAAGAUUUAAGAUUUCGUCGUGGAGCAGUAAACAUCAUAGGUUUCAUGCUAAUUGUCCCGCUGGACUAGGACAAGAUGGCAAGCUGUUGCCUAUUUAUAUGGACAAGAGGUGUUCUUUUUAUUUCUAUUGAUGAAUUAGGAAGGGGAACAUUUAUUUAUGAUAUUUUCCAUUUGUUGUCCUAUUCUUAUCACAACAAUAACAUACCUAGUGUAAUCCCACAAGUGGGUCUAAUUAGGGUAGUGUGUACGCACACCUUACUGAUUCUAAUAGACCCAUAGAAGGUAGAGUGGUUGUUUCCGAUAGACCCUUGUUGUCCUAUUCUUGUUGAUUUUUCAUUUUUAGGCAUGUAUUCGACUACAAAAUUGAAGUGCAUUAUUUCUGAACUAAAGAAACUCUGUUGAACCAACUAACAAAGAGAUGAUAAAUAGCAGAGUAGACAACAACAAAGGAACACAAAAAGGUAUUCUGUUUUUACAUGCAACAAGGCCUUAAAUAGAAGCUCAAAGUGUGUUUCGAUUUGCUAGUUCUGUUCUUUGAUAAUCUCAGGGAGGUACUCAAUAAUCGUUAACUGAUAUUGAGAAUAUGACAGAAGCUAUUGACAGAUUCUAAAUAGCCCAGUUAAUUAACAUCGGGCGUGCAGCAUUAAGACUAAUUUAAAGAUAUGAAAUUACCUCUCGAUAGAUGCAUAAUAAAUGUUUCUAAACAUAAGUUCUUUGCUUUCAAGGAGCAUGUAAUGUCAUAAAGGCAAGAGAAACAACAAGUUCAGGUACAAAUUCAUUUUCUAGUCUAUGUCCAAGAUAACGUUGCUCAGCAAUAAAUAUGAUCAAAAGAAUGCAAGUGAUAUGGAAUCAAUAGGUCCUCAGAUGGUCCCACCGGGUGGCGGGUGAACAUCAAAUGACAUGCAUAGUCAAAUAAAUGUUCAAAUCAUGGAUUUCUGUAUAGGAUUGGC